UCUUUAUUCCUUCCCUUUUCAUCCUAUCCCCUCGAUCUCUCCUACUUCGUCCCAUCAUACUACUUCCCUCGUUCCUGCUUCCCUUUCCAUCCGUUUCUAUCCGUAGCUUAAUUCAUCAUCUGCAGUCGGCCACAUUCACUCAUUCACACAGUCACUCAACUUGCCCAAUCAUUUACAGGUACACGCACACACACACAAAUACAACUCACUCACUUGUAUCCUCCCACACCUCCCAAACACACACACACACACACAUCACUCACCACACCAUCUCGACCUCCCCCUGGACGAACCUCCCACACACACCAUCACCGAGUUUAGCUUAACUCCCGCAUUAUCCCAACCUCAAACCAGGUCACCCCUCCUUCGUUGGCCUUGCUCUCCUUCCGAUUCCCUACCCCUUCACACACGACUUGGGCGCUACGCCUCAUCUACCCACGACUCCCGUACCGAGACCUCUUGACGCUCCCUUGGACCGCACAUUCCUCACGCGCUAUUCGUUGUCGAUUGAUGGACAGGGUUUAUUCUUAGUCGACAAGCGUUCUCAUCACACACAUACAGCUAAGGACCUUCGACACCCGGGGUUCUUCUCUUCUUACUUAUACUCCUCGUCCCCCCCCCGCGUCACCCGGAUAAUGCCACAGCUCACAUCGUCGACUCACGAAGUUCCAGCAAUCAACACACAAGUCAACGACUCGGGCAACACUCCCUACAUCAUGGCCGAAGAAGGCGGUCACCACGUCCCGACGGGCGCGCACAACAACCACACCCCGGCCAGCGACAACCGGCAGAAGCAGGAGCCCGACUUCACCAUCAAGCCCCGCAUGACCGACUUCAACGCCGAGGAGCUCCGUGAAGCCAUGUCGCCAAUGUCGCCCACGGGGCCCAUGACACCGAACCCUUUCAGCCGCAAGAACACGAGCAUCGACAUCGACGAUUACUUCACCGGCCCUCGCGACAUCCUCAAGCACUCCAAGUGGCCCCUCUUCAUGCAGAUGCACGGCAGUAUCCUGCCCAAGAUGAUUGUCCCCCUCAUCUGGAUGUGCAUCUGGUCCGCCGCCAUCACCUGCAUCGACAAGUUCCGCACCAAUAUGGGCGUUGACUCGGUCCUGCUGACCGUCCUGGGUUUCGUCGUUGGUCUGGGUCUAUCUUUUCGCAGUUCCACCGCCUACGAGCGCUACGCCGAGGGCCGCCGCUACUGGGCCCAGCUCAUCCUCGCGACCCAGAGUCUCGGCCGCGUCUUCUGGAUCCACGGCGCCGAGGCCGAGGGCGUCGACCCGCGACAGUCGCUCCUCCGCAAGGUCGGCUGCAUGAACCUCCUCUUGGCCUUCGCCGUCUCCAUCAAGCACAAGCUCCGUUUCGAGCCCUACACCGCCUACGAGGACCUCGAGCACCUCGUCGCCCACCUGCAGACCUUUGCCCAGGAGGCCACCGCCGCCGAGCCCGAAAAGGUCGUCCUCAAGAAGAAGAACUUUUUCAAGGAGACGGGCGAGUACCUCGGCGUUUCCUUUGCUGCCAGCAACCCCCGCAAGACCAUCAAGAAGGCCUCGCGCCCCAUCGGUAACCUGCCCCUCGAGAUCCUCAACCACAUCUCGUGCAUCGUCGACAAGAUGGUCGAGGACGGCCAGCUCAAGGUCCCCAUGCAGCAGACGCUCGCCUACAACAACGUCGCCCUCCUCAACGACAUCAUGACGGGCACCGAGCGCGUCCUCACCACGCCUCUGCCCAUCGCCUACACCAUUGCCAUCAGCCAGAUCACCUGGGUCUACGUCAUGCUGCUCCCCUUCCAGCUGAUUGACAAGCUCGACUGGAUCACCAUCCCGGCGACCGUCGCCGCCGCCUACAUCAUCCUCGGCAUUCUGUUCAUCGGCCGCGAGAUCGAGAACCCCUUCGGUGAGGACGUCAACGACCUGCCCCUCGAGGCCUACUGCGAGCAGAUCGCCUCGGAGCUUGACAUCAUCGCCUCCUUUGAGAAGCGUGACCCCUACCGCUUCAUGGAGUCGUCCCACAACCUGCCCUUGUUCCCCGCCAGCAUGGCUCCCUACCACAUCUGGAUGAGCCGCUCCGAGGAUCGCGUCCGUGAGGCCAUCAAGUCCAAGCACAACACCGUCUUCGAGUUCCGUAAGAAGGUCAUACUCGAUAAGGUGGCAUCGAGGGCCGGCCACACGUCGGAACAGAAGGCCAGCAGCGAGGGCGCCACCACGAUCAACGGCGACCAUAACGUCUAGAUAUGACUUGUGUCGUCUUUUGUGUCGCGUUGCGUCCUUCUCACCUUUUCUUCUUCUUCUUCCUUUUCAUCCAUCCCAUCCGCUGCUGAAUACACCAGUGGGGAUGCGAGAUGGGUUCAGCGAUGUGCGUCAGGAGCAUUCAAGGCACGGCGGGGGUAAACCAAAAAAGACUCAUCCAUGCCCCGAAAGGGCGGCCAUGGCAACUGGAACGGAAUUCGGAUUUUCUUUUCACUGUAAUUACCUGGAACACAAAAAAGGACAGGUGUGUUUUUGAGCGCGGCAUUAUCUCCCAUGGCAUGAGAUACUAGAAACAGACUCUACGACGGGUAGAUAUCCAGAUUGAAUGU